ACAAUUCGUACGCAGGACCGCAGCCUUGAAGAAGUAAAUGAUGGCGCUGCCCGUGUUGAGGUGUUGUAGCUGUAAUGUCAGUAGGCCACUGACAGUUUUUACUCGUGCCUUCAAACCCAACUGUCUGCUACUCAACCGAUUAGAUGUCAGAAGAACGGUACCUUUGGCAUCAGUUAUAUCCACUGUCCGAAAUUAUAGCUCUGAAGGCGGUGGGCAGAAGCAAAACAAGGUGGUUGUUGUUGGCAUUCCAAACCCUUUCAUGUGGUUUCGAACUCGAAUAUACUACUUCUUAAUUAGGACGUAUUUUGACAAGGAGUUUAAUAUUGAAGACUUCACCGACGGGGCAAAACAGGCGUUUACUCACGUGUCAAAUCUCCUGUCUCGGUGUCAGUUUGAGGCCCUUGAGGGACUUGUUGCAAAAGAUCUGGUAGCUAAACUUCAGGAGAAAUGCGAACAUCUCCCUGCAAGCCACAAGAGGGCCCUCUUUGCAGAUCCAGAUGAAAUCAUGUACACCACAGCUGGUGAUGUCGGCAUCUACUACGAUGAUAAUGGGCGGAAAUUUGUGAGCAUUCUCAUGCGCUUCUGGUACCUAACGAGCGCAAGGCUACCAGAUGAGACCAUAGAGGGGGCCAGAAUCUUCCAAGUGUCUAUCGGAGAGGAGGGCGUGACCGAGACCAAGCGCCUUCUCACAGCCAACUACGAGUUUCAGAGGGAGUUUACCCAAGGAGUGGCACCCGACUGGACCAUCACUCGAAUAGAACACUCCAAGCUGCUUGACUGAUUUGACUUUCAGGCUACAAUGUGGACAUGAGUUUGCAAAUAUCUCUUCUUCUUUCAUUUUUUUAUUAUAAUUUGCACUUUGAGGAAGUUUAGUGUGAAACGGCCUUAAAGUCAAGGUCAGUUCCUCGAGCAUCGCCUGUCUGAAGAGCUUCAAGAUGUACAAGCCUAGCAGAAAACCCAAGAUAACCAAUAACCAUGUCUCUCCUUUGAGGGGCUGCAAGGGAUUAUUUUGCCAAGCAGCCAAGCACACAGAAAAUGUUGCCUUUGUUACUGGACUAGUGUGUGACUGGUUAAGUGGUUAAUUCAAGACUCAACAGGAAGGGUAAAAACUGUCAUGGAAGGCAAACAAACACGUAGAACAUCUUUGGAGGUAUACCAGUUAAUUGCUAGUCUUAGGCAGCUUGGCGUUUUUUUGUUUUUUAAAUGAACAAGACUUUCGAAUCAGGGGAGUACGGUAUUCCAAGAACCUGACCUAGUUGUAAACCAAGCUGAAUUAACCUUGAGGUAGCGGUAAAUCAUCUACAUGUAAUAGAAGAGCCUGGAGUCUUCACUUUCUUAGCUAAAUGACACCUGGGCCAUCUACUAGCACGUUUACCACUUCCUGUAGGUUCAUUUAUUUAGCCAGGUUUAUCGCUUAACCUUGUUCUUAGGACAGUACCCUGAUGUGGAUUAUGGUAUUGGAGGUGUUUGCUGAUGUUCCAUUCCCUGCAUAAUAUCAACAUUUAAUUUAUAUGUUUUCCACCUUCAAAUGCUAGUCAAUCAAUCAGAUGACAGGUUUGUUUGAUGUUGAACGACUGGAUGAUGGCUGGCUGCAAGUAAUGCAUUCGGGAGGGACUGUAAAUACUGAAGUUUUUGAACAAUCUUGUCCAGUCUUUACUAUACUUUAGUAAAGUUUACUAUACCCACUGACUCUACAGUGACUACUGUAUAUACACUGACUCUCGGGCGACAUUGUCUACAUGUGGCACUCUACAGACAGACAGACAAAUGCACUGUUUGAAAUUCAGAAUGCAUUACUGUAAGUCAGCUAGUCAUUUUCAAACAAGUCCAUUUAUACUUUUCGGGAAUGCCUUGGAAAGUACUGGCCAUAUGUAUGACAUUUAUACAGAGUGAAACGAAAACCUUACAUUUACUUUUGGAUAACUAGCCUUAUUGUAUUUUCUUCCGCAAAUGUGUUAUGUGUAUGUUCACAACACUGAUUUUAUGUGAUUGUACCACACAGUACCACACAGGCCGGUGCAGCACCUGAGAGUUGUGUCUGGCAGGUUAACAGCUGAACUUUGGUCUUUCUUUGUAAUGAAUCAAACCUCUGAAAAUAUAUUAAAAUACAUUUCAAGUCUU